AUGCCGCAGAAGAAGAUCCUCGUGCUCGGUAGUGGUCUGGUGCCAGGCCAAGCCAUGCAUCGACUACCUGCUGCGGGACCCCGGAAACGAGCUGACCGUCGCCACCAGGUCGUCAUAUCCCUCGUUCCUUUCAUCUACCACGCCGAUGCGAUCCGCUCGGCCAUCAAGGGCAAGACUCAGUUGGUGACCACAAGCUAUGUUUCUCCGGCCAUGCACGAGCUGGAUGCCGCUGCCAAGGAGUCGGCGUUGACCCUGGUGUGGAUCACCUAUAUGCUGCCAAGGUCAUUGGAGAAGUCCACGAGAAGGGAGGCCAGGAUCUCGAGUUCUACUCGUACUGUGGUGGGCUUCCCGCUCUCGAGGCUGCCAACAACCCGCUCAAAUUCAAGUUUUCGUGGUCCCCCACGUGGUGCCCUGCUCUCGCAGUACAACUCUGCUACUUUCUUCGACAAAGGAGAGCUGGUCCAUAUCCCGAACAAGGAUCUCAUGGCUAAGUCCGUGCCUUAUUUUGUUAUCGACGGAUACUCGUUCGUCGCGUACCCAAAUAGAGACUCAACGCCCUUCCGCGAGUUCCACAACAUUCCCGAAGCUCACACCAUCAUUCGUGGAUCCCUUCGAUACGAAGGUAAACCCGCCCUGGCCAGGGCCCUCAUCGACCUUGGGUGGCUCGACUCCUCGGAGAAGCCGUGGCUCGUGGAUGGCAUCACCUGGGCUCAGAUUCAGCAGCAAGCCACCGGCGCGGCCUCACCUUCCGAAGAGGAUCUUGUUAAGAAGGUCGACCAGCUAUGUACAUUUUCGUCAUCGGCAGAACGGCAGGAGAUUCUAGCUAGCCUACGCUGGUGGGUCUCUUUUCCAGCAAGCAAGCUACCGUCCAUGGAAAUCUUCUGGAUACACUCUCUGCCCAGCUUGAAAGGCUCUGCAGCUUUCGGCCUGGCGAGUGCGACUUGGUGGUGCUACACCACAAAUUUGUGGUGA